AUGGAUAAAACUCAGAUUGCUAAAACACGUCCUAGAAAUUUACCAUCAAAACGUUUAUCAAAUCCAUUACUUGAUGAAGUUAAUAAUAAUCAUCAAAAUGAAGAUUCAGAUAUCAAAACUUCCAAUAUUAAAAUUUCAUCAGUAGAAGAAACAACAAAAGUUUCAUCAACGAAUCAUAAAAAUACAAUUACCGAUGAGUUCAUUGAAGUAAAAGAUUGGACAUCUGAUCAAUGUAUUCAAUGGUUAACAGCUCAGGAAAUGACAUCAUUUAUUCCAAUAUUUCUUAAUCGAAAUAUCGAUGGAGAAAAACUUCUAUUACUUGAUAGUACAAAAAUGAAAGCAAUGGGAAUAAAAUCAAGUAAAGAUCGUGAUCAUUUAAAAACUAAACUAAAAGAACUUAAACAUGCUGAACUUGAUCGAAUGCGUGAACGACUUCUAUCACAACAACCAACAACAUUUCAACAUUCAGUUCAUAGUGGAAAUCGAUUACGUUCAUCAAGUAUGACAAAAUUAAAAGAAAGAAGAUUAUUUGGUGGUAGUGGUGGAAAAUAA